AUGGGAGACAAAAGAAGAGUCCGUAGAACACCGGUGCUCGAGAAGAUCCGAAACUAUCCAUACGACGUGUACUUGUUCGUCAACGAGGCAUUUGCGUCUAUCGAUUGGGACGACUACAACCGCGCCGCCGUGGUGUUGUGCAAUAUCGUAUCGCUUGUGUUUGUUGUGCUAAACAGCAUCAACUAUACUCCCACCGCAACUACGUCCACCUUGUUCCACGUCGACUCCCGCCGCUUGGACAAGUCCAGCCAGGCUCUCUUGAGCCAUUCCCGUGAGGUGUACGCGUUUGUGGGUCCCUCUGGUGCUUCUGGCUCCUUGUGGAUCUCCCUCACCCAGUCGGUGUUGGUGGUGAUCUAUGUGGCGUCCGUGGCCAUUUGCUACCACUUGAUGUUCAAUUCGACGCGGAUGUACUCGGUGAUCAACUCCAACACGAAGCCCAAAACCCCCAGUGCUCGGGAGGCCUUACUCAGUGAUGAGCCCACUAAUCGGUUGGUCCAGAUAUUGGCAUCGGUAUUGAGGUUCUUCAAUAAGGACGUCGAUGACGACAGCUACUAUAAUGACUCGGAAACCACCACCAACAUCAGCGAGGACUUGAAGUUGAACGGGAAUAAGUUGGUGUAUGAGAUCGAUGUGUGGCAGCCCAGCCAGUUUUGUUUGAUUUUGUUCAGUUUUGUGAACCCUAUCGGCUUGCUUGUGGCCAAAAUAAUGGUGGAGAUGUCUGUGUGGAAGGUGGGACUCACGGUGUUGUUGUUCAACUUCCAGAUGUAUUAUCUAAUCAACAAGUUUUUGGUUCUCAUCAACGACAAGCAAAUCUUGUACCAGGAGAUGUUCCAGGAGUAUAACGAUAAGUUUGUCAAGCCCAAGACAAACGUGUUGAAACAGGACGUGGGAAUUGAUGCAACGGGAAAAUAUGGAGGUUUGGGUCAAGUGGUGGACCACUCUAAUCCAUACUACCAGAACACCAAGCUGAAGGUGUUUAUUGUUCACGACAUCAACGGGAAGCCAUUCAACACCAUUUCGAAGGAAGAUAUCGACGAGGAACGCAAGCUCUUUGAAAGCGAAAAGAUCCGGUUUGAGUUGGAAAGAGACAAGUUUAAUCACGAGCAAAAGGUGUUGAACAGCAGUAUGGAUUCAGACUGGCUCAGAAACACCAUCCACUCCACCCCUUUCAAGACACCCGGCAAUAGAGACAAUUACUACAACAGAUCGUCGUUGCGGUCUACUGAGAGAGGCAUAAACAGAAGCUCAGUUUUGAACAGGUCGUUCAAUACCUCUCCUGUGAGAGAUAGAGAUAGAAGCUAUAUGUCGCUGGAUGCGUCUCGUAUGAGGUCUCCGGGCCAACCGUUGGACAGGUCUCCUACCCGUCCAAGGUCUCCUGUAAGAAGUGUUGGUGUGGGAAUUGGUUCUCCUAUAAGAACAGGAAUGACCUCGCCCACCAGAAACGGAAGACUAUCUCCUGAAAGACCUCAUAUAACGACACCUACUUACGACACCAAGACCACGAGAUUUAACGACAGAACCCCGACCAUCAACAGAUGGAAAUAG